GUCCAAAUCUCGAGUUCUGUAAAAGUCAUUAGCAAGUCGAUUUCACUUUGGUAAAUGCCAUACUUUGUCCUUCGUACCUCUUCCUCCUGUUAGUGGAGUAAUGCCCACCAAGCUACCGAGCUUGCGUCGUGUAUACUGCGGCAUUUCAAUGGGGUUGAAAGACCAGAAUGUAAAAGCCGAAAACUGAGUUGCUAUUUUCCAAAACUUUAUCACAAGCUCUUUGUUUGGGAGAACAAUUAUGUCGAAUUCGACUUCAUUGGACAAACUAGCAGAUUCACCAUACCCAGCAUGGGCUUUGGCGGCAUUGUCUGCUCUUGCCAUUCCUGCAGCCGUUGCUAAGAAACCCGGUGUCCCGUCGUUCUUCCAAUGCACUGCUUUCUCAGCCAUAUUUGGAGGUGCUGGAUAUGUCUCUCACGUCGGUGACCCUGAAAAUGGUGCUGGUAUCGCUACAGCUUGGUGCCUCACUUGGAGCUUUUUAAACUUUCGAAGUGCUUUGAAGUCGAAGAAGCCAUUGCCAUGGUUGAUGGCAGCAUCUGUGGCCGCGGAUACCGUCAUUUACGGACAGAAAACUCUCAAAGUCAAUGGUUACAUAUAAGUGAUGUACCAAGAAUAUACACAACACAUCAUCUCAUCCUUUAGCGCAAUGUAUAGAAAAUAAUAGAACCCAUUCAACUGUUUUAAGCUACAAUUCAAAGAGUAUUAUGCUUUGCUUUGGUCAAAAAGACAAUGUU